UGGCCUUGAAGUACACCGCGUCGUCUAAAACCGUGAUGGCGUUUCGGUCGCUAACAGAAAGCUUUACGUUUAUGCGGAAUAAUGCCCUUCAGAAUAGAAGCUUUUUUCGUGAUGACAAGUCUGACCAAGAGGCAUUAGUGUCAACAAAAUCUAAGCAUAGAAGUGGUGAAAGAGCGUCUUCUGAAAAGUUUCGUAAAGAAUGGCAAAAUAGUGUCAAUUCGCUUCAAUACACCUUUAGCAUGAUACGACAAAAAAUGAAAGAAGUUAUCGCACUACAUGACAGACAUCUUAUGGCAUCGAAUUUAGAUGAUAAUUUAGAUGAAGAUCAAGAAAUAGAAUUUCAAACAAAAGAGCUUACUCAGUUGUUCAACUUAUCACAUGGCCAGCUUAGUCAGCUAUCUAAAUUGAAACGUUCUUCAGCAUUAUGGCAACAAUCUCAAGAAUCAAAAUUAGCUGAAAAUGUUCUGUGUAGUUUGGCUCGAACUCUUCAGGAUCUUUCAGUUGCAUUCCGGAAAGCACAAUCAGACUAUCUGAAUAAACUACGAUCUAGAGACGAAAGGAUACGCAGUUAUCUGAACAUAGAUUUGAAUAUAGGCGAUAAUUCAUCCUCGAAACUUGUAAAUGAAUUUGAAGAUGACGAUUAUGCUGUUUGGGAAUCCCAAAAGCAAAGACGUAGUUUACUAUUAACUGAGAAUACAAAUAUGGUUGUACAACGUGAACAAGAAAUUAAUCAAAUUGUUCGAUCUAUACAUGAAUUAAGUGAAAUAUUUCGUGAUGUUGCACAAAUGGUUGUAGAUCAAGGCACAUUAAUAGAUCGCAUCGACUACAAUGUGGAACAUACUCAAAUCCGUGUACAAGAAGGCCUAAAACAGCUGACAAAAGCUCAAAGUCAUCAAUCAAAAGAUCGUAAAAUGAUUGUUAUCCUUGUAUUAGCAGGAUUGGUCGUCAUAUUUGGUAUCCUGCUGAUUGUUACAAAGUUUCGAUAACUUAAAUCAUUAUCUUAUUCUAUAUAUCUAUUAAUGUGAUAGUCAAUUUAGUGAUAUGUAUAAUGCGUCUUUCAUACUUCGUUGUGAUCAAAUGUAUUUGUAUUUAUAAUUUCAUACUACUUUCAAUGGAAUUUAGUAGUAUAUCUGCUUAAUUUGCAAAAAUCAGUAGUUAUCAUCGUUUAUUGGCUUGGAAGUUUUGAGCACAUCUAUGUUGUUGCAAUUUGACUUUUGUACAUAUAUAUAUUACUGGUGCUUCGUUGUGAUUUGCUACUGUUUCGGCGUAACAUCCCCCCAUUUCCAUCACUUCACAUGACCAAACGAACUGGUUGUAACAAGAGGUCGGUAGAGGUGGGAACAAAACGGUCUCUGAAAUCAUAAGACGCAUUCCAUUAUUAUUACUACUACUGUUAUUUUCAGCCCUUAUUUUUCCUUUUGAUGUAGUCAGUUAUGGCUUUUUAAUUUCCUUGAAGAAUAACGUUUCACACUUAUGUUGUUGUUGUAAUAUUCUUCUCAUGAAAUUAUGUUGUUUAUGCAUUGUCGGUGUGAACAAGGUAUCGUAAAAUUUCGUACUUUGUAAAUAUAUAUUUAUAUACACCUGUGCUUGAAUGUUUUUUAUUUAAUUUGUUGGAACAGCAAGCAGACGGCUGACUGCCUACUGGCGCUUUCUCGUAGAGAGGAGAGUUGUUGUUGUUACUGUUCCCACACCAACAAUUUCACGAGAAUAGACUGAAUCUAGAGGAUUCACCUAGUUGGUUGGUUAAGUGACUAAACCACUUUUUAUUUUUGUAUGUGUUUCUCUCGGAGACGAUACAAAGCACACUUGUAGUGUAGACUGCCAAAGUUUUGGCUAAUGUUCACACAUGUCGUUGUUUCCAAUUUUUGAAUAAGGUCCGGAAGUUGCUGUGUGUGACUCUCAAGAAUUUGUGAAUGUGAUGUUACUUGUCUUGAGAAGUCAAAGAAUCUAGAGUAUUACGAAUUCGUCUCGUCGGAUGCAGUAGAACUCAGGGAAUGGUAAAUGUAUGUAUGGUAUAUUUAUAGAUCUUGGAAUUAGUGCAAAGUAUCGAGUCUAAGAGAAACGUGGGGGGAGGGGGCAGCUCAAUAAGUAGUACGGCUUCCACGAAUGACGAUUUUAUACUCUCAAAAGUGCAAAAGCAGAAUAAGCCGUUUGUUGAUAGUCUGCAGUAAACACUGUAACUGUCGUCCGAAUAUGCAAUACCAACCACCAAAUAAAAAGCAGAUAACAAGUUUGGCGUUUAUUUAUUUAUCAAGCAAAUUUGCAGACAUCCAUUCUUUGAUUGGACACUAGUAACUAGUGUGAUGUGCCUAAUCCUUUGUUUGGCGGGAACUGA